UGUUCGCAAGGCUUCUUUUCAGCUAUCAAAACAAAUUUUUCAAAUAUAUAUUUUACAACUUUUUCUUAAAACGAAACAAAGCGAACAUGAGGAAAAGGCCUUUUGGACUGCCCAUGUGGACGCCAUUGUUCAUCCUUUUCUUGCUUUUCCUGGCCGGCGUUUGGGGUAAGCCUUCGUCUGGCGUAAAUCGCCAUGGUCUGCUGGAACUGUAUCAUCAGCGGGUUUAUGGAUCUCCUCUAACUAAGAAGGUAAUCGAGUGUCCAGGGGACGGAAUGAUGAAUUUCAAGAAGAGUCGUUUCGAUAGAUCAAUGAAUCCUUUCAAAGCGUUUCUUUCUUGGCCGGGUAAACACCACAAAGUUGAUAAGGCUGAUAAAUAUAAGCCCGCUGAAGAUGAUUUUUAUGGCCAAGAAGAAAUAUCUAAGUGCCAACACGAAGAGCUUCCUUUUGACCAUGGAGAUCACUUCAAGCUUGAUGCAGAUCACCUCCAUCAGGGUUCAGACCACUUCAUUAAGGAUGCAGAUCAUUUAAGUGCGAAUGCAAAUCACUUAAAUCAGGAUGCGAAUCAAUUCCACGUUGAUGCAAAUAACUUGAAUCAGGAGCAGGGGUUGCUGGGCAACUUUCAAGCUAACAAGCCCGGACUGGUCAAUAGUCCCAUGAUGGACUAUAAACGUGAAUUCGCCAGCGAUGAUGCCAAUCCCUAUGUCGAAAGCCUUCAGCAACGUUAUGAGCCCUUACCACAAGCCUAUAAGGAUUAAUCCAUCAUCCUAAAAGGGC